AUGGUGACCCCAGCCCGCAGUACGUCAGCUGACUUCAAUAUCACCACCUCAGAGCUGAAAAGUCUGAUGCAAUUUCGAAAGAAAGAAGCUGUGAACAAAAUAAGAGAAUUAUAUGGCGAUAUUUUUGAAAUCUGUAAUCGUCUGAAAACAUCUCCUAUAAAUGGGAUAUCUUCAUCAGAAGUAGAGCUUAGGAAAUCUGUGUUUGGAAAGAACUUUAUACCCCCUAAAGAGCCCCUAACAUUCCUUGAACUGAUAUGGGAAGCACUGCAAGAUAUGACAUUAUGUAUCUUGGAAAUUGCAGCCCUGGUAUCAUUGGGACUAUCAUUUUACCAUCCUUCAGGGGUAAAUCUUGCAGUAUGUCGUUUGGACGAAGUUCAAGCAGAAGAAGAUGAAGGCAACACCGAAUGGAUUGAAGGAGCUGCUAUUCUUCUAUCAGUUGUUUGUGUGGUGAUGGUAACAGCUUUCAAUGACUGGAGCAAGGAAAAACAGUUCAGGGGGCUGCAGCGUCGCAUUGAAAAGGAGCAAAAAGUUACUGUCGUCAGGAGUGGGGACAUAACGGAGAUCCCAGUCAUUGACUUAGUGGUUGGGGAUAUCAUGCAAAUCAAAUACGGGGAUCUUCUACCAGUUGAUGGCUUGUUGAUCCAAGGCUACGAUUUGAAACUCGAUGAAAGCUCCCUUACCGGGGAAUCUGAUCAAGUCAAGAAGAAUUUAAGACAGGAUCCUAUGUUGCUGUCAGGUACCCAUGUGAUGGAGGGCUCUGGAAAAAUGGUUGUUACAGCUGUUGGUAUUCACUCACAAACUGGCAUUAUCCUCACUUUACUUGGAGUUGGAGCAGAUGAGAAACCAAAAGAGACCACCAAGAAUGCUUCCUCUAAGAGCAAAGAAGGGAAAAAGGUUGAAGAGAAGGAAACGGAGGAACAGGAGGAGAGCCCAAAACCCACUGGGCACAAAAAAGAAAAAUCUGUCCUCCAGGGAAAACUUACCAGAUUAGCCGUGCAAAUUGGCAAAGCUGGGCUGGCAAUGUCUAUAAUCACCGUCACUGUUCUUAUAGCCUCUUUUCUCAUUCGAACAUUUGUGAUAGAGAAGCGCAUUUGGGCUGUUGAGUGUACGCCUGUGUAUAUACAAUAUAUGGUAAAAUUCUUUAUCAUUGGCGUGACGAUUUUGGUUGUAGCCGUGCCUGAGGGCCUCCCACUUGCAGUAACCAUCUCCCUUGCCUACUCUGUGAAGCAAAUGAUGAAAGAUAAUAAUUUGGUCCGGCAUCUGGAUGCCUGCGAAACUAUGGGCAACGCAACAGCCAUUUGCUCAGAUAAAACCGGGACCCUAACAAUGAACAGAAUGACAGUGGUUCAGAUUUUUAUUGGGGGUAAACAUUAUAAAAUUGUUCCUGCCCCUGUUUUACUUCAUCCAACUUUGUUGGCUCAUCUGCUGAAGGGUGUUUCUGUUAACUCUUCUUAUACGUCCAAGAUCCUGAAUCCUGAAGUCGAAGGAGGCCUGCCCUGUCAUAUUGGCAAUAAAACUGAAUGUGCUUUACUGGGCUUGCUUUUAGAAUUAAAUCUGGAUUAUGAGGCCAUGAGGACUAAGAUCCCAGAAGAAGCAUUGUAUAAAGUGUAUACCUUCAAUUCUGACAGGAAAUCUAUGAGCACGGUUUUGAAAAAUGCUGCUGGUGGUUAUCAGCUCUUCAGCAAAGGUGCAUCUGAAAUACUUCUUCAAAAAUGCACCAAAAUAUUGAACUCUUCUGCAGAGCGUGAACCUUUUUCCAGAAAGGAUAGGGAAAAUGUGAUUAAAAAUGUGAUUGCCCCGAUGGCGUCUGAGGGACUCCGAACCAUCUGUAUUGCUUUCAGAGAUUUUCCAGGUGGCUCUGAUUCAACUGAACCACAAUGGGACGAAGAGAGCACUAUUAUUAAGGAUUUAACCUGCAUUGCAAUUGUGGGCAUUGAAGAUCCAGUAAGACCCGAAGUUCCAGAGGCAAUCAGGAAGUGUCAGAAUGCUGGCAUCGUUGUCCGUAUGGUCACUGGGGACAAUAUUAACACAGCGCGGGCAAUUGCAGCCAAAUGUGGGAUUCUGCAACCCGGGGAGACCUUUCUGUGUUUAGAGGGGAGUGAGUUUAAUAGAUUAAUUCGUAAUCAGAAUGGGGAGAUCAGACAAGAGUUGAUAGACAAGAUCUGGCCUACUCUAGCCGUGCUUGCAAGAUCCUCUCCAGCUGAUAAGUAUAACUUGGUGGAAGGGAUCAUCAACAGCAACAUCACUGAACAAAGACAAGUGGUAGCAGUCACUGGGGAUGGUACUAAUGACGGGCCAGCAUUAAAAAAGGCUGAUGUUGGCUUUGCCAUGGGAAUUGCUGGAACAGAUGUAGCUAAGGAAGCUUCUGAUAUUAUUCUUACUGAUGACAAUUUUUCGAGUAUUGUCAAAGCAGUGAUGUGGGGUAGAAAUGUGUAUGAUAGCAUUUCCAAAUUUCUUCAGUUUCAACUGACAGUCAAUGUAGUAGCUGUGAUCAUUGCUUUUUCGGGGGCUUGCAUCACCCAGAAUUCCCCUCUGAAGGCAGUUCAGAUGUUGUGGGUAAAUCUCAUUAUGGAUACCUUUGCUUCUCUGGCUUUAGCCACAGAAAAGCCAACCGAAGCGUUGCUGAAACGGAAGCCUUACGGUAGAAAUAAGCCACUCAUCUCCCGUAUAAUGAUGAAAAAUAUUUUCUUACAUGCCAUUUAUCAGCUUAUAGUGAUCUUUUCACUACUGUUUGUAGGAGAAAGAUUUUUUGAUAUUGACAAUGGACGAGCCUCAACAUUGCAGUCCGCACCCAAUCAACAUUACACUAUUAUAUUUAACACAUUUGUAAUGAUGCAAAUUUGUAAUGAAAUCAAUGCACGAAAGAUUCAUGGAGAACGGAAUGUUUUUUCAGGAAUAUUCACAAAUAACAUUUUUUGUGGUGUCACUCUAGGAACCUUGAUUGUACAAAUUAUAAUUGUUGAGGUUGGAGGGAAGCCCUUUAGUUGCACACCACUUACCGUAGAGCAAUGGCUGUGGUCCCUCUUUUUUGGCCUGGGGUCCUUGGUAUGGGGACAAGUCAUCAUUAGUAUUCCGACCAGAUAUAUGUGGUUCCUAAAAGAAGUUGGACAACAGCCACUCAAAGAGGAGGAGGUAAUAGGAGAAGAAGUAACUGAAGUGAUUGACUUUGGCGAACAAGAACUGCGUCACAGCCAAAUUUUGUGGUGCAGGGGCUUAAGCAGAAUACAGGCUCAGUGCAGAGUAGUAAAUGCCUUUCGUUAUCCUGCAUAUAAAAGUCCACACUCGGCAAUGAGCAGUAAAACUAUCUGA